CUUCUCUGUUUUCCUUUUCCCCUCCAUCACUUGUUGUAACGAAUGCAUGCGGGCUGUGGCAUGCGCGCUAGUUUGAAGUUCACAUUUUAUCUUAUAAAUAAUUAGGGGGAGAAAAUGCAAACCGAUGACUUGAAAGAAUGAUAAAAUGGGCCAAAGGAAACCUCAUCUUUAUCUGCAUGUUAAUAAAACUUGUGGCUGCCUUUGUUGCUAGAGAGUCGAGCGAGUGACAGAGAACGGUGUAAUGAUUACCAAUGAGUUCAAUGGCGCAAAGCGUACUGAUGGCACUGACUGUAACAGUCAACCAGUUUGCUUCUUCAAAUGUGCAUGCAGUGCAUAGGAAACAAGGCAAAUCCCCACCCCCCACUACUUCUAAACCAAAACCAAGUACCACGACGCCAAUUACAGCAGGUGCAGCAACCAGUGACACCAUAGAUAUGGGAAGGAGAGGUCUCAUUUUAUCCGCUGUGGCUUCUGCUCCUCAACUCAAUGAUUCCAGAACCGAGCUUCUGAAAAAGUAUCUGAAGAAAUCAGAGGUAAACAAAGCCAAGAAUGACAAAGAGAGACAGGACAACUAUUACAAGCGCAACUACAAGGAUUACUUUGAAUUCUUAGAAGGGACUCUGAAAGGGAAGAGCGAGGAGCAGCUGACAGAAUCAGAGAAGGGUAUUCUUGAUUGGCUUAAAGCCAACAAAUAAAUGUACUCAAAGCUUUUUCCAACCUGUAAUCAGCCUUUAACACCUACCUACCGGCUUUUGGAAAUUUCGAGCUUUGAAAAGUAAGCUCUACUUACUGCAAAUCCAAUAAAGUGAUUGAACAUAUUUUCUUCUAUUUUUUUGAUGGAUUUUACUGCAAAUCCAAUAAAGUCAUUGAACAUAUUUUCUUCUA